GGGGCUAUAUACUCACUGUAUGUGCUCAGUGAGGGGUCCCAUAGUGACCCAUGUGCCCGCAGCUGUGGGACAGGUCCUUGCUGGAGACUCCACGUGUGGUCGCAGGGUUUCUUCAGAUGUUCCCGCCCCCAGGACGCGUCAUAUAAAUAGGAGACGGCUUGUAUCCCUUGUCACCUCAUGUAACGUGUCAGCUGGAAACCUGAUUUACACAGCGGAAGACCUGAACGAGCCCCUGGCUCACUCUGGAUAACUGAAGCCUGUACCAUGGCAGGAGAUUGGCUUGGGAGCAUUGUAUCUAUAAAUUGUGGAGACACCCUCGGAAUGUACCAAGGCUGUGUAUCUGCUGUUGAUCAGAUCAAUCAGACUAUAUCACUCAUGCAGCCCUUCCACAAUGGGGUUAAGUGCCUCGUUCCAGAGGUUACAUUCAGGGCAGGAGACAUUGUAGAGCUGAAGAUUUUGGAGAUUCCUGUAGAUAGCGGACGGCAGACAAACAUAAGUGUGACUACAGACUACGUAAAUGGUACAGCAAAACAAAGGCCAAUAGAGACAAGUAAUGCACAGAACAUCCCCCGUAGACCAGAUGCGAGGAGCAAUGAUUCUGUAGGCACUUCCCCGCAACCAUGCCCAAAAAGUUAUGUGGACAGGCAAAGUGAAGGCCUCAACCAGCCCAAGAACUUUCGUCGUCGGCACAACUCAUCCCCUCCCAAAUGCCUUGGAUUUUCUGUGGGGAGGAAUCAGGAAGCGGAUUCAGCAGGUCCUGGAAGGGGAACUGACGCAGUCCCUUUGUUAAAUCCGGCAGGGUCAUCAAGCAGCCGGUAUCCUAACCAAGUCACCCCUAAGAAGAGUGGCCCCAAGAAUGGGCCACUGAAAACUCGAGAUGACGAGUGCUUUGGAGAGGACUUGGAGGAAAUUCCAGAUGCAGAUUUUGACUUUGAAGGAAAUCUUGCUCUUUUUGACAAAGCAGCGGUCUUUGAAGAGAUAGACACUCAUGAAAGGAAGGGCGGAGGAGGCACUGGUGGUGGGUCAAAGUCUCGUGGAACCCCCAGUGACAGAGCCCCAACAUACAGACAUGAUGAAAACAUACUUGAAUCUGAGCCAAUCGUAUAUAGGAGAAUUAUAGUACCACAGCCAGGUAGCAAGGAAUACUGCACAGAUUCAGGUCUGGUGGUACCCAGCAUCUCGUAUGGAUUGCACAAGAAGCUCUUAAGUGUGGCGGAGAAGCAUGGCCUGACAGUUGAGAAACGGUUGGAAAUAUCAGGAGUUUGUGCCAGUCAAAUGGCACUGACGCUACUUGGUGGACCCAACAGGCUUAAUCCUAAAAAUGUUCACCAGCGACCUACUGUUGCCUUUCUGUGUGGGCCGCACAUUAAAGGGGCUCAGGGAAUAAGCUGUGGUCGGCACUUGGCCAAUCAUGAUGUAGAUAUUAUCCUCUUCCUACCAAAUUUUGUGAAGAUGUUGGAGCCUGUUACCAACGAGCUAAAUCUGUUUUGUCAGACCGAAGGCAAGCAAGUGUCAAAUGUAAAAGAUCUUCCAGAUUGCCCUGUAGACCUGGUUAUUAAUUGCCUCGAUUGCCAUGAAAAUGCCUUCCUGCAAGACCAACCAUGGUACAGAUCAGCUGUGGACUGGGCCAAUCGGAAUCGAGCCCCAGUGCUUAGCAUUGACCCUCCAGUGGGAGACCUGGAGCAGGGUAUCCAUGCCAAGUGGUCUCUAGAGCUAGGACUCCCACUAGCCCUUGGUGAGCAGGCUGGGAGAGUUUACCUGUGUGACAUUGGCAUUCCCCAGAAGGUUUUCAGAGAGGUUGGAAUCAGCUAUCAUUCACCCUUUGGCUGCAAAUUUGUCAUUCCUUUGCAUUCCAUGUAGGAAUAAUAUGACCUGCAAGUCUUAUAAUAACACACCCCCUUCAAGAUGGUGCUUUAUUGUGGGCACAGAACUGCCACUGACGUCCCUCGUCACCCAAAUAGUAAUAGCUUUGUGCAGGGCAACCUAAUUCUGGCCACAGUCACUGAUUAUUAAGGAGACAGGUUUGUUGUUUUUGUUUGUUUUUUGUCUUGCCCUCUCAUAGCAGCCAAGUAAAACAAUUUAAGAAGUGCACUUCCUAAUGAGAAAUGAAGGGUUUUUUAUUUUAUUUUUUUGUAAUAUAAGUCCUGGUUUAAACAGACUUUGAAUUCUUGUUACUGUGUAGCAUUACCAGCUGUUCAUUGCCUUUGCCAUGUUAUCACUUAAAUAAUGUGGUAUGUACCAAAUGAAGCACUUGGUGUUCUGUG